AAGGUCAACAGCAGCGAAUGCUUCAAUUAAUUUAAUCUCAAACUGAUAAGUCAAUUCAAUCUUAAUGUCACUUUUCUCUAAAUUACUUGUUCGAGGAAUUGAUCGGCUCUUAAAAUUAAUACAUAACUUGUUUUAAUUAGAUUUAACGCUUGUUUUCAGCCACGCGAACGUUCGUUAUCGCCGGCUGCGGGGUCAACUGUAAUGACGACGUCAACAGGAUUAGGAACUAUGCAGAAGCUGUGUACAUUAGUUUUAUCGGUUUCCGCGCGGCAAAAGGUCAGGGAAUUCACUUCCUAGUAAAAAGAAGAUUUCAAGAACGUAUCUUUGAUGAGUGCAUCUGGAUCAUGAUUCGCGAGGAAAGCGCAAGGAAUCGGUGGAAAUUGGUGGAAGUGGGGCGAAGCGAGUGGACUGCGGCUGGAGGAAAGUACGAACGAAGGCGCGUAGUAGCGACCGGCGGCGAGCGACGAUCAGUUCGAAAGCAACGUUUCGCGACGAAGCAACGAACGAGCGAACGAUCGCGUUUUUUAUAUACUCCUCUUCGUGCGAUUGAUCCGCGAUGACACGACAGUGCCCGAGAACGUGCAGGUGAAACGAGAGCUUCAGAAGAUAUUUCAUCUUUAUCCGAGUUCCGGUAUCUGUGAUCUACGAAGAUUCUGCGAAACUCGCACGUGGUCCAACUUUCAACGAACGGAUUCUGACAACAAACAAGAUGUGGAAGAACUUGACUUGCGUGGACGAUUUCCUGAACCGUGCGUUCCACAAGCUCGGCCUUGUGGUCGGUCGUCAUCCCGGCUACUUCGUGAUCGUUCCGGUCCUCCUGGCGUUCAUCUGUUUCACCGGUUACCAGAGGAUUCAUUACGAGAUCGACCCAGAGUAUCUGUUCUCGCCGACGAACGGUCCGAGCAAAACCGAGAGAUUAAUAGUCGAACAAUACUUCAAGGUGAAUUACAGCCAUAAGUUCAACCUGGGUCGCAUCACCAGGCCAGGACGAUUCGGGCACGUGAUUAUCACGACUAAGGAUGGGAACGAGAAUCUGCUUCGAAAGGUGGUGUUCGACGAGCUACGGGAGCUGGACAAUAUAAUCAAGGGUGCCAAAGCGGUUUACGAGGGGGAGGAGUUCACUUAUAGUCAGAUUUGUGCCAAAUGGUUGGACACGUGUUUCAACAACGACAUUCUAGAUCUGCAGGAUGUAAUAGAGGAGGUGGAGAAGAGGGAGCUCAACCUGACUUUCCCGGUAACCGUGAUCCCGGAAACAUGGGAGAUCCACCUCUUGCCGGUCUACUUCGGAGGCAGCGUUCUCGACGAGGAUCAAGUCGUUGAAUCAGUACCUUCCAUGCAGCUAGCCUACUUCCUCACCGUGGACAACCCCCGCCAGGAUGCGAUAGGUGCAGCUUGGGAAGAAGCGUUCCUGGAGGCUCUAAGGAAGGUGGAGGAGGACAACGUGUUCAAGCAUAUAGAAACUGCCAGGUUCGCCUCGAGGACGCUGGAACUCGAGCUGGAAGAGAACACGAAGACCAUAGUGCCUUAUUUCUCAAGCACGUUCAUCCUCAUGGCACUGUUCUCAGUGGUGACGUGCAUGAUGACGGACUGGGUGCGCAGUAAACCUUGGCUAGGGCUCCUGGGGAACGUGUCCGCGGCGAUGGCCACCGUGGCGGCGUUCGGGCUUUGCAUAUACCUUGGCGUCGACUUCAUUGGACUCAAUUUGGCCGCCCCGUUCCUGAUGAUUGGUAUCGGAAUAGACGACACGUUCGUGAUGCUGGCUGCCUGGAGAAGAACUAGUAUAAUGAAACCGGUACCGGAAAGGAUGGCCGCCACUUUGAGCGAAGCCGCUGUAUCAAUUACUAUCACCUCCCUCACCGACAUGAUAUCAUUCUUUAUCGGCAUUCUCUCACCAUUCCCAUCCGUUCAGAUAUUUUGCAUUUACUCAGGAUUCGCGGUGGUCUUUACUUUCGUUUUCCAUUUGACUUUCUUCACCGGAUGCGUGGCGAUCAGCGGAUACUGCGAACAGAAAAACCUGCACAGUGUGCUCUGCUUCAAGGUGCAGCCCCUCUCCAAGUCUUCGAAUCGGUCGUGGCUGUACAGGGCGUUGUGCAGCGGCGGCGUGGACCCUAACGACCCGUACAACACCGUCGACAACCCGGAGCACGGAUGUAUGAGCUGGUUCAGAGACUACCUGGCUGCAGCGCUUAAUUGCAGACCGAUCAAGGUCAUCGUUAUACUGAUAUUCGCUACGUACUUGGCCGGCGCGCUUUACGGGCUAACAACUCUUCGGGAAGGCUUGGACCGCCGCAAGCUUUCCAAGAACGACUCUUAUUCUAUUGCCUUCUACGAUCGCCAGGACUACUACUUCCGGGAAUUUCCGUACAGGAUACAGGUCCUCGUGAGUGGGCAUUACGACUACAGCGACCCGAUCAUCCAGGAGCAGAUGGAGAACCUGACCAGAUCGUUAGAAGCGAGCAAGUACAUCAGCAGCGCGCCGAUAUACACAGAGAGCUGGCUGAGGAGUUUCCUGAGCUACGCGAACACAGCAGACGAAGUCGACAUCGGCAACGAGAAGAGCUUCAUCAAAACAUUGAAGGAGACUUGGCUAUUUCCCAUUUACAGCAGCUUUUCACUGGACGUGAAGUUCGACCAGGCCGAGGAGCAUAUAAUAGCGAGCAGAUUCCUCAUCCAAGCGGUGAACGUGAGCGGUACCAAUCAAGAGAAGGACAUGGUGAAGGAACUGCGUCGGAUCUGUACCAACUCGCCGUUGAACGCCAGCGUGUUUCAUCCUUACUUCGUGUUCUUCGACCAGUUCGAGCUGGUCAAGCCUACCAGCAUCCAAUGUAUGGUCUUCGGUGCUUUGAUCAUGAUGCUCAUCAGCUUCAUCUUCAUUCCGAACGUGCUGUGCUGCCUGUGGGUCGCGUUCUGUAUCAUAUCCAUCGAAUUAGGCGUGGCUGGUUACAUGGCGCUCUGGGACGUGAACUUGGACAGCAUCUCGAUGAUCAAUCUGAUCAUGUGCAUCGGCUUCAGCGUCGACUUCACCGCGCACAUAUGCUACGCGUACAUGAGCUCUAAACAGAAGACGCCCGAAGAGAGAGUCAAAGAGAGUCUAUACAGUCUCGGACUUCCCAUAGUUCAAGGAGCCGCGUCCACUAUUCUGGGCCUCGUAGCGCUACUCCUCGCUGGAACGUAUAUCUUCAUGGUGUUCUUCAAGAUGGUUUUCCUUGUGAUCUUCAUCGGAGCUAUGCAUGGGAUGUUCCUGCUCCCCGUCCUGUUGUCUCUCUUCGGUCCCUCGACCUACAGCGACGAGAGAAUCGAAUCGGAGAAACGCAAGGCUCAAGAGAAAGAUUUGAACUGUAAACUGCAACAACCAUACGUGAUUCCUCACCCUAGUUUAACUUUUUACAAUCCUGCCGGCGCAGGGAAGAGUCUUCAGGGUAGCCCGGCGACGAGCUUGGCCGCUUUCGAGGACAGGGAUCCCGGUUUAGGGACCAGCGAGGACAGCAAUUCUACCGAGAGCGGUUCUUCUCAGAGCAGGAGGAGAGAAGGUCAGAUGGAACAGGAGACUCAAAGACGCCACGACGUUUGGAGAAGGUCAAUCGGCGUUCUGUACGGCAUGUCUCAGUUCCAGACGGCCUUGCAGCCAGCCGCACCGCUUCCGGAUUAUUCCGGGGCGCAACAGACCGGCCAGGGCGAGCAGGAACGGCGAACGGCGAGAACCGUAUCCUACCUGGGCCCAUAUCCGACCUACAGGCCUGCGAAUCAGCCGCAGAGGGAUCACAGGAGAAGUAGAUCGUACCAUAAUCUUCAUCAACCGUCGAGGUACCUGACUGAGCCACGCUAUCCUUAAAGAUAUCUCGAAACGAAUCGCAGCACGACUUGCAAAACGACUUCCGGUCGCUUUUAAGCGAUCGUUGCAAGUACUGUUACUUGUCUUAUCAGAAAUUCGCCUCAGAGGCUGGUAACGACGACUUGCUCGUGAGUGUAAAUACAAAUGGAAGAUGUAUUAAUGAUCAUCUUCUUCGAAGGGGAAAUGCGAGUCGUGUGACGGGUAGGAAGUGAUUCAAGUUUUAACAAGUGUGAACUCUAUAUUGUAGCUGUAUAGCGAGCUAUGACUCUCUAAUAUACGAUAACAACGUCAGUCUGUAUUUUUAAAUAUCUUUGGGAUCUUUAAAAGUUCAGACUUGGCGAACAGUGAAUUUGAUACGUUUUUACUUUCGAGCCGAAUGCAGGAACUUCUCCCUUAGUUUCAUUCCCCCGAACUUUUAGUUUUUAACUAUAGUACCAGCAGAGAAUAUCAUUUACCGUGCACGAGGCCGUGCGUAGCGUGUAAGAAUCUGCUCAAUGGAAAUCAAAACCAAAACGACGUAACAGCAGCAGUAGAAGGAAAUCAGAAAUUCGAGGGACCUUAAAUCAUUCGUGCCUUAACGGAAGUGUCGUAAGAAAUGAGAAACGAAGACUACGAAAUAGAAAUUUAUGAAAAGAAUUCCAGUGCGAGUUUUUUGAAAAUUUUUACAGAUAGUCAAACGUUCCCUCAAAAAUUAUUCGUUGAGCGCGUCGAAAGAAGUGCAUGGUACUUCUUAUUUAAUAGAAGAAAUUUAGGCGUAGCGAGCCUAGCCGCUGAGAAGAUGAAUUUCAAAAGAGGAGAGAAAGAGGAGACAGAGGAAUUCUUGUAAAUUCAGGUAGACGAAUUAAUUAAACGAUGCAUCUUCCGUGUUCAGAACGAUAUUUCCUGUAUAAAUAAAUAGUGUGCGUGUCGCUGUGAGUGAGAGAGUGCUACGAAUAUUAUGCAUUGUCACAGACUGGCAGCUGCCAUUCAAGAAAUAUAUUCUGAUAAUGAUUUCCUCACGAAA